CCUCCAGAGGCGAUGCUGGAGUUUGGAGAGACUCACGGACGGCGCUGAGUGAGCGCAGCUACCAUGCCGUGCACAGGCUUAAAAUAGGGACAAAGUUUCUUUUAACAAUUUGGCAUUAUCCUGCUGUUUUCACCGCUCUCCGACAACAUGGAGUACUGGAGGCAAUGUGCGAUGUGGCUGAUCAGCUGCAACGUGCUGCCUGCGAACCACCGGGUGACUGCGGACACGGCGCAGGUGUUCGACUUGGCGCAAACCCUGCGGGACGGGGUGCUGCUGUGCCAGCUACUGAACAACUUGAAACCUCACACCAUCAACCUGAAGGAGAUCAAUCUCAGACCACAGAUGUCACAGUUCCUCUGCUUGAAGAACAUCCGCAAAUUCCUGAUGUCUUGCUGUGAGGUGUUUGAGAUGAAGAAAAGUGACUUAUUUGAAGCCUUCGAUCUGUUCGAUGUUCGAGACUUUGGAAAGGUUAUGGACACCCUAUCCAAGCUCUCUUACACAACAACUGCACAGCAAGGAGGAUUCAAGCCAUUCCCAACCGAGGAGAGCCUAAAAGACGAGGAUAUUUACAAUAAUCUGGAAGACAUGAUUGACGAGAAUGCCCCUGAGGAUGAGGACGACUUGUACGCCGCAGUCUAUGGGCUGGAAGAAGACAACGCAGGUGGAGAGAUCUAUGAAGACCUCAUGAGGACGGAGCAGAAUCCCCCAUUGAAGCAGGCAGAAAUAGAUGUCCGGAGCUGCUGCCUUACAGAGAUCAAACAGACAGAGGAGAAAUACACAGAGACCCUGGAGUCCAUUGAGAAGUAUUUUCUGAAUCCUCUGAAGAAAUUUUUCUCUGCGGCUGAAAUUGACAAAGUUUUUGUCAACAUUCCGGACCUGGUUAAACUUCACAAGAGCCUGAUGGCUGAUGUGCAGGACUCCAUCAUAAACAAAAAUGCCUUAAAUCUCUACCAGAUUUUUAUCAGCUACAAAGAGAGACUGCUCAUUUAUGGGAUUUACUGCAGUCGGGUGGAGAUCGCCAUCGCUGUUUUAGACCUCAUUUGCAAAGAGAAAGAGGAUGUUCGUCUAAAGCUGGAGGAGUGCUCAAAGAGAGCCAAUAAUGGGAAGUUUACUCUGAGGGACCUGCUGGUUGUCCCGAUGCAGAGAGUCCUUAAGUACCACCUACUUCUUCAGGAGCUAGUGAAACACACUCACGAUGCUGCUGACAAGAGCAACCUGAAGAUCGCACUUGAUGCCAUGAAAGACCUGGCUCAGUAUGUCAACGAGGUGAAGAGAGAUAAUGAGACUCUGAGGGAGAUCGACCAGUACCAGAGGUCUAUUGAAAACCUGAAUGAGCCUCUAAUCAGCUACGGUCGACCAAAAGGUGAUGGAGAGGUGCGCAUGGUCAGUGUUGACAAGAGGAAACAAGACAGACACAUCUUUUUAUUUGAUGUGGCCGUCAUUGUUUGCAAGAGAAGAGGAGACAACUAUGAGAUGAAGGAUAUACUGGACCUCAACUACUUCAAGAUCACAAACAACCCCACCUCUGACAGAGAGGGUAAAAAGUGGUGUUACGGGUUCUACGUGACUCACCAGCAGGGGCACACAGGCUUUGAACUCUUUUUCAAGACCAGAGAGCUGAAGAAGAAGUGGCUGGAUCAGUUUGAAAUGGCCAUAUCAAAUAUCCGACCAGAGAAAGCCAACCACAACUCCCACCAGUUCAAGAUGCACACCUUUGAAAGGAUAGCGUCCUGUAGUUUCUGUCACCUAUUGCUCAGGGGCAUCUUUAACCAGGGAUAUCGCUGUCUAAAAUGUGGGCUGGGGGCUCAUAAGGAGUGUCUGGGUCGACUGGGAGUCUGCGGAAGAACAGAUUCUGCCAAGCCAAAGUCCAAGGAGACCACAACACCACCAAAUCCAGGUUUACCCAGGAUGGUUGUGAUCAAAGACUACAGUGGCAUCCCCUGUCCCCUCUGUGGGCCCCCACUAAGCAUUCAUGCGGGGGAUGUCAUUGAACUGAUGUUUGCCGACCUGCACAGCCCCUGGUGGCAGGGCAAAAUUCUGGCGACAAGCAAGAUUGGCUUCUUUCCAAGUGAUGCUGUGAGGCCUUGCCCAUGUGUUCCAAAACCUGUCGAUUACUCUGCUCAGCUCUGGUUUGCAGGGCCUAUGGAGAGAUACCAGGCUGAGGAGGAGCUCCUGGACCGAGGAAACAGCACCUAUCUGGUUCGACACAGGAGUAAAGAGUGCACUGAAUACGCCAUCAGUAUCAAGUUCAACGAUAAAGUCAAGCACAUUAAGAUUCUGACCAAGGAUGGCUGCUUUUACAUCGCUGAGACCCGGCUGUUUAAGACUGUGCUGGACUUGGUGGAAUACUACAAGCAGUACUCUUUGAAGGAGGGUUUCAGCAGUCUUGACACCACUCUGCAGAUCCCCUAUAGGGAACUUUCCAAUGGAAACAUGCCCAGGGCCAUUACCAGGGCUGGCAGUGGUGAGUUUCCUCCUGACGGCUGCAGCUUUGUUCCUCCCUCCUCCUCGCCUUUCUGGUCAGUGUUUUCUCCUAGGGUGGUAGGUAUUGCAGUGGCGCGCUAUGACUUCUGCUCCAGAGACACACGGGAGCUAUCCCUGCAGCUGGGAGACAUUAUCAAGAUCUACACCAAGAUGUCCAAUGGGUGGUGGAAGGGAGAGGUUGACGGCAUGGUGGGCUGGUUUCCCUCUACCUACGUGGAAGAGGAGGACUGACUGCUGGAUGAAUGACGUCUAUUCAGCGUCCAUUCAAAGCUGACCACCUCCAGUGAGUGCCAUGCUGCUCAGCCACUCUCUGUGCCCUGCAAGUCAGAUCUCUUUGAUAAAACCCAGAGAUUCGGACUUAAGAGGAAGCGGCGGUGCCCUAAGAAACCUUCUCCUGCCCUCUGACAGACUCACACACAGAGCAGAUGUCAAAUCACAGAUUCCAGGAGCAUCACGCCAUAUCUCACCUCUCUGUGGCCCUGUCUGCCCCCGCGGCCCACUGGGAAGUGCAUGUGCUGUGCUCAGAUAACUCUUCCUCCUCCCUUCCUGCUCACCUUGUCUUAUUAUUGAUGACUCCAUUGGCUGGUGUGAGACUUGUCUUCACUGUCAUCAUGUUUCAGUACCAGCGAGGCUCAGUCACCCAACUGGAACACAGAUCCUGCUGACAGCGCAACGCCCAGGUACUCCACCAAAUUGAAAUGCAGGAGCUGAGGCGCUUCAACUGUUGUUGGAACACUAUAGCCCUCUUUGCUGUUCGGACCUUCAUGUUGGACUGUCUGUCUAAGAUCCAUUAUAUUUUAAAUUUUUAAUUACUGGACUGAUAUAAACUGUGAUAUUUAAAUGCAAUUGUUGAAACGUGGUUUGAGACUGUUUAAAAAAAAAGAAUGGAAAGAUUUCAGCAUAAAUGACGAUGUCAUUCUCAUGUAAUGUGUUUGCAGUCUAUAAUGACUAUUAGUCUUACAGAACGAGAAGAAGAGAAGUGAUUUGGCCAAAGAAAAACAACAUAAUAAUGUGGUUGUGGAAUCCCCCUCUGAUGAAGCUAUGUCUCUAAGCUUUGAUUUCUAUUCCAUUAUCAUUUCUUUUAAAUUAUUAUUUAUUUGAAUCACCACCUCACCUUUAAGCACCAUCUUCACAAAACAUUGGGUUGGUGCCAAAAUAUCAAAACUAGCAUACCCUUUUAUUUUUCUCACACAGAUGUAAAGCAAUCGUUAUUUAUAUUUUUGGGAAAUACACUUAUUCACUCUCUUGCUGAAAAGAAAAUGAUAAUACUGUAGUACUCUCAAACAUGUACUAAGGUAUCACACCAGUGAAUUUAAAUAAAUUAAAAGGCCUUUAUUUGUAUUGGCAUUUUUUUUAGGUUAUGAAAAGCUGACUUUUUAUCUUUUUUCUCGUCUUACCAGUAUAUAAGGUAAUUCAAAUUAGUUCAACCUUAAACAUCUACAGCAGUAAAAUGCAAUAUACAUAUUAAAGCAGCAGUACUAUUAAUCCAAAAACAUUAUGUAUACUGUAAUAGCAAACCACUGAUUGGGAGCAUUUUACAGCAGAAUGAGUACUGAUCAUACUUACAUACUUUUACAAGACCUUUACUUGUAGUGGAAUAUAUGUAAUAUGUGGAAAGUAUGUAAAGGAUCUUAAUACUUCUUCCACCACUGCUCACCUCUGUAGCUACCCUCUGAAGUUCUCCAGGACCCAGUGUGUUUCUUGCCCACCUGCUGCUGAAAUACACUGCUGCUAUGUUCUCUACAGGGAGUGUAUUGUCUUCCUCUGUCUUUAUUGCUCAAUUAUGAUAUCAGGCUGAUCAGGUCCAAAAUAGAGAGAGCUUUUUUUUGUAAUGUUCUUCUCUCAGAAGUAGGGCUGUCUCCAACUAAAGGUUUUCCUAGUUGAGUAGUCGUCAAACGUUUAUGUUUUAUAUUUAAUUAUAUAAAUACAUUUUAACGGCUACCUGUCAAAUGAUAAUGGAAAAAGCGGGAAUGAUUCUGAAUGUGUUACAACAACCAGCAAGGAAACUGAACAUUCACUUAAUUUAUUAACACAGUAUAACAUCACACAAGUCUUGGUGUUCACAACAGGGAAUAACUAACUUCCAACUUCACAAUCGAUGUUGGUGUCCGAGGCUGUGUUCAGUCCUGGUGUCAUGGCCACUGGUAGGCUGCUGAGCCUGGCUCCGUUGCCCCACUCUGGCUAAGCUGCUCAUUCUGGCCCCCCCUGCAGUCCAAAGCUGUGGUGUUAUCCCCCCGUAUUCUGAGUUCGCAGUCUGGGUACAGUCAGCUAACAGGACCACUAACUAGCUAGAUUCAGCAGCUCGUACAGUUAGGACAUACAGCAGUGCUGUUACAAGAGAAAAGGUCUGUUUUGCAACAGUUGUCCCAGUGACAAGGCACAGCUUCCGUUUGACACUGUUUUUGUUUUUGUCUUCCUGUGAAUAUCCGACUGAUGAAAAGAGCGUCAACUAAGACUCAACUAACAGUUUACUCAACUAUCAUGGGAGAGCCCUAGAAAGAAGGCAUUGAUUUUAAUGACAACUAUAUUUUCUGUCUCCAUUCGUGCUAGCUAAAUUACACUCUUCAUCUGUUUCACAGGGCUUCUCCAACUCUGUUCUCAACAACCCACACUAGCGCAUCAGAUGUACCACAAACGACUUGUUCUCUGCUGCGACCCAGUGCCCCUGUUUCUUGUAAAACUUAUAGGAAGUCAGUAAGCAAAGAUUUUGCGCCCCACACCAUAACUACGUGACAUUUCUAAUCUACAUUUUAUUGCAGAUUAUACAUUUUUACUCACCAACUAUAAGAUAUUUACCAUGCUCAUUUUAAAUGUACAUAUAUAUAAAAAAUCUGGCUACCAGCACCUCUAAAAGUCAAUUAACAUGUCAUAUAUUGUUUAAUCUCUAAAAAAUCUAAUUGUUAAAGAAAAUUUGUAGUGCAGGACUAUUUCUUUGCCGAGAGCAGUGACUUCCUGGAACCUCUGCUGGUUGCCUGGCAACCUCACAGCGAUGACGAGAAAAGAAAGGAAUUAGUGAGCUUCAGAGGAAUCCACCUACCAUGGUGGAUUUUGUUACGUUCAGAUAGAACCAGUCUAGCUGUUUUCCCUGUUUUCUAUAUGCUAAGCUAAACUAACUGGCUUUAGCUUAGAGGACAGAUAUAAAAGCGGUAUUUUCUCAUUUAACUCUUGUCAAGAAAGUGAAUAAUCCUAUUUCUAAAAAUAUUGAUUUAAGCCAAAAUAGACUACAGUUACAGCUAAAUAGUGAAUAUGGUGAAUCAUCGAGAGUAUAAAGGAACACACACUUUAAUAAUGCUUCACAAUGUUUAAUGGCACUAUAGGAGAAAUAUCAUGCCCAGUUCUCAUGUUUGGCUUUAGACAUAUGAAGUCAUCAAAGAGACGAAAUAUGUACAAAAGGAAUUACAAACCAAAUAAGUUUUAAAAGUUAAUGUGUUGUCGGUAUAUACUUCGCUGUGAGCUCCUUCAUCUUUUGAUCAUUCACUGUGGAAACUGGAGAGCCCUUUUACAUUCCAUGGAUUUUUGUGUUUACCUCAACUCUUUUUGGUUUGAGAAUGAAUGAUUCAAGGGUGAUGUAACAGCUGUUCACUGUAGAGAAAGGUAGCACUAGGGUGUUAAGUGAUGCUGUUUUCCUUCAAACGUUAACACCCCGCUAACCAUGUGUGUGACAUCAAUAUUUAAUAAAAGCAUACUCUUUGAAUUGUAUUUCUGAAAUUUGAUAGGCUAUUUUUCCCUCUUCAGACAAAUGUUACAUUGCAGGAACAAAGCCUUUGCAGUUGCAUCAUAACUCAUAGCCGUGUCUGGCACGGUUGUGGAGGUGCAGUGGAAAACUGCCAGUGCUCAAAUAGUGGCUAAACAGAAAACAGUUGUGGUGUAGAAACAUGUAAGCUCAGUGAAGGUCCACGUUUUCUUCCUAAAUGUGUGCAUCACUGAAACAGUGUUUCAUAAUUUUGCCCAUACAGAAAGUUCAGUGUCAUUAUCCCUUUAGCACUGCUUUCUUGUUUUUGCAUUUUAGGUAGUG